AUGAUGACCAAAAAUUUAAAUCUUUUUAUUAGAUAAAAAUUAAAUGAAGGUAUAAACAUAAACUAUAUUUAGAUCUACGUUGACGCAUUCAGUGGAGAAGAAAUCGUUUCAGACAGUUUCAAUAUGGAAGAGAAAUUCGAAGGUGUUAUUGGUGAAGUUCAAUCAUAAGAUAUUGUUAAAGGAGCACUCAAUGUUGAUGUUGGUGCUGGUGGUCAUUUCGGUGGCAAGAAUGAAGAUGAAGAAGAUGGUGGUGUAGAUGAUUAAGCCUAAAAAGUGAAUAACAUUAUUGAUGCUUUUAAAAUACGCUGAAACACAAUUUACCAAAGCUGAUUA